AUGGCUGAUAUGUUCCGUCGGUGCGCCCUGGCUGCUGGGCUCGCUCUAACCACGGGCUGGGCGGAUGUUAUCUGCGUGACGGAGUACAGCUGCUUUGUUGGGAUGCUCACCGGCAACUUGAUCAAGAUGGGCAGUGGCGUGGCAAAACAUGGCUAUGCCGAUGCUCUCUUCUACAUAUCUGUGAUCCUCUGCAAUCUGGGCGGUGUUUGCUUCAUGCGAGCUUUGCAGCUUCACAUGCCCAAGCGUGCGGCUGCCAUCGCGGCGCCCGUCUAUCUGAUGCUCAUAUUUCUCUCCGAUGUCCUCACCUGGCACUACGGACACAGCAAGUGGCACGCUUGCUUAGUGGCCCCGGCGUACGGCGGCCAAAACGUCCUGGGGCUGGAGGGAACGCUGAAAGUCAGCACCACCACCACCACGGGAAAUUUUCAAAAGCUCAGUGUGGGCCUGUUCUCCCUACUGACUGAUGGUCCCGCCACGCUUUCGGAAUCGCAGAAAUCAUCGCUGGUAAUUGCCGCGAUCGUGCCGCUGUGGACACUCAUUGGAGCGCUGGUUGGAGGCUUUACCGUGGAGUACUUGACGACUCCGGAAAGGCAGUGGCGGUUCCGUUUUGUGGCGCCGGUGCAAUUUCUAAUCCUCGUGCUCCACGAUUUCCUGCUGAACCCACCGGCCUGUGGACGGCCCUCCGAGCCAGAGCUGGAGACGAGCUCCUCCGAUGGAGAGUCGACUCCGCCGAAUGAUUCCUCGCCAAAGAGCGGCCCAGGAGUAGGACGACUUGUCACUUCAGCACGCACCUUUUGA